AUGGAAGGUCCUUUAGGAAGAAGCAUCACACAACUUAAGCAAUUAGUUGUCCUCAAUGUUGCUCGAAACUCUUUCAAUGACUCGAUUACAGAACAUUUCUUGAAUUUAACUGAUUUGAGAGUGUUAGACUUGUCAUCCAACUCGUUUAUCUUCAACGUAAGUGCAACUUGGAUGCCUCGUUUCCAACUUGAGUUUAUAAGCCUGCAGUCUUGCGGACUUGGUGCACGAUUUCCUCAGUGGCUUCAGACACAGAAAGAGUUGUCAUUUAUUGAUAUCUCUCGCGUUAACAUCUCAGGACAUGUGCCUGAUUGGUUCUGGAAUUUUUCUGCUAAGGUUAAUCACAUAGACCUUUCGCAGAACUAUAUCGGAGGACAAGUCCCUGAUUUUACAGAGAGAGUUCAUCUUACAAAAUUGGACCUGAGUGACAACAAUUUUCAUGGUCCUUUGCCUCAUUUUUCACCCAAUAUGAUGACACUGAUUUUGGCAAGUAACUCCUUUAACGGUACUAUCGCCCCUGUAUGUGAAUCGCUUGUCAUGAAUAACUCUCUCAGUCUUCUAGACCUAUCCUCAAAUUCUCUAUCAGGACAACUUUUAGACUGUUGGAGAUAUGGGAAGAAUCUGCAAGGAUUGAAUUUAGGCCAUAAUGAUCUAUCAGGGGAGAUACCUCGUUCCAUCGGAGAUCUUGCCAAUCUCUUCUUUCUGCAAUUGCAAAACAACAAGUUCUCCAAAAAUAUGCCUUCAUCAUUGAAGAACAUAAGUGCACUAAAAAUUCUUGAUGUUUCUGAAAAUAGUUUAUCUGGAAAGAUACCAAAUUGGUUAGGAGAGAGUUUAAAUACUCUAGAGAUUCUUAAAUUAAGCGGAAACAUGUUUGACGGAACCAUUCCUAGGGAGAUUUGCCAGCUUAAAUACUUGUAUACUUUGGACCUUAGUUCCAAUGCACUAUCAGGAGUCAUUCCAAGGUGUGUUGAUAAUCUCCGCACCAUGUCCGGAGAAGAGGAGGCUCCUUCCUUUACUCAUGGACCCUAUGCAGAUUACAGGGUUCAAGGAAGGAUCGUUUUAAAGGGAUACAGUUACGACAUCUUUUUUCACUGGUCCUACGUAGUAAUUGAUCUAUCAGACAAUCAUUUAUCAGGGGAAAUUCCCGAGGAAAUCGCCAGCCUUACUGCACUGAGGAGCUUGAAUUUAUCAUGGAAUCAUUUCACAGGAGCAAUUCCACGUUACAUUCACAAAAUGCAGAUUUUGGAAUUUCUUGAUCUUUCCAGGAAUAAGCUGUCAUGUACAUUUCCUCCCGAUAUCAUACAACUUCCACUUCUUGUGUUUGUGAAUGUUUCUUUCAAUGAUUUGACAGGAGAAGUUCCACUUGGAAAACAAUUUAACACCUUUGAGAAUAGUUCUUAUAUUGGAAAUCCAAACUUGUGCGGAGCUCCACUCUCACGAGUCUGCUCGGAUAAUAUACAUGAGGACAUGAUUGACUGUAGUAUUAACAAGAAUCAGGAGGUUCAUGAGCAGGGAGAAAGCAACAACUGGCUCGAGGAAUAUUCGUUCUACACAAGCAUGGUAAUUGGAUUCAAUACAGGUUUCUUGUUGUUUUGGGUUACUCUACUGUUGAAAAAGUCAUGGAGAUAUGCAUAUAUGAGGUGCCUGGAAAACAUGGGCAAUAAGAUUUAUGUCUUUGCUGCCAUCAGAUGGAGAAAAUUUCAAGCAGCAAAGACAGUGACCAAUUGUCCAAAUUGA